AUGUCAGGCCUCCGCUGUCAGCCCUGGAGGGCUGUAGAAAUGCUCCAGCGAUCGGGAGCCCUUGGACAAGCCCCACGCGCGAGAAUCACCUCCUACCGCGCCGCGUCGCGCGCGAUCAGCUCCAGCAGCUCCCGCAGCACCGAUUCAACCAAUGGAUCCAGCAGCACAACCUCAUCUGCCGCGAAGCCAGCCGCGCCGGCUCGAUCGACUGCAGCCCCAAAUCCGGGGUCUGGUUCGCGCGCAGCCGCACCGCCCAACCGCGCUACAACCGACAACAUCUCGAAGAGCGGGCUCGAGGACAAACCGCUAGAGAUCGAGUCGGCGCUGGAAGACAAGAUCGAUUGGACACGCUCAUUUCACGGGCUGUCCGCAGAGCCGUUCUCGAAGGAAAUUGCUGCUAUUCUGCUCGCGGAGACGGAUCCCAUGGAGGUGGAGGUGAAGCCGGAUGGGAUCCUGUACCUGCCGGAGAUCAAGUACCGGCGAAUUCUGAACCGGGCGUUUGGGCCUGGGGGCUGGGGAUUGGCACCUCGGGGAGAGAGUAUCGUUACGCCGAAGACUGUUACGAGGGAGUAUGCGCUCGUUUGCCACGGACGACUUGUGUCUGUUGCGCGGGGCGAGCAGGACUAUUUUUCACCGGAUGGGAUCCCGACGGCGACGGAGGGAUGUCGGUCUAAUGCGUUGAUGCGCUGCUGUAAGGAUCUGGGGAUUGCGAGUGAGCUUUGGGAUCCUAGGUGGAUUCGCAACUUCAAGGCGAAGUACACUCGUGAGGUAUUUGUGGAGCAUGUGGUCAACAAGCGCAAGUCGAAGAUCUGGGUGCGCAAGGACGAUGUGGUCAGUUACCCAUGGAAAGAGUCGGGAAGCAAAUAG